GGUGUGACAGCUGUGAUGUUUCUACGAAUGUUGUUUUAUAUUUUUGUUCCACAGGAACUCUGUUUAUUUCCUGUGAAUUGGGCAUCUUGAAGUCUCCAUGCCGUCAGAUGAAGUGUUUAUAUAGCUGGCUGGAAAUUGCUUGUGGAGACUUCUUUAAUUGGCCUCCCUGACAACCCUGGAAAACUUUACCGUACAUCAUUAGCUUGAAGAAAACAGAACAUGGAGUGGACUAAAGGCACAAUUUAAAAUUGAACACGUCAGCUAAUGUUCAGGAGUUUUAUUCCUGUGCUUUUAAGGUUACAAGAGCUAGUGUGAGCAGCCUCGUGGAACAGGGAACGCUGACUUAGUCGUUCAGAACAGUGGUUGGCUAAGCGACGAGGGGACAGGUAGUAUCACACAGCUGUAUGUGGCUGUCCCACCUGAGGCUGGGUCUGGACAUCUCAUCAACCCUAAGAGGAUCGUGGCAGAAAUAUCUUUCCAUUCACCUACCAACAUCUUUAUAGGAUCUUCUUCACUACUGGGACCAAGAAAUCAUCCCAAAGGCUCCAUAAUGUCAAAUGAUUCAGACUGUGAACAACCUUCAGAAAACACACAGCAGACAGAGGCUAUCCCUAUUGUGGACUUGGAACCACCUCUUGCCCUUCCCCCUCCUCCCGCUCCAGAGGAUGAAUGGAGUCCUAUUCCCGAGCACACCAACAUGCAUGCUUCUCCUUUCCCCAUUACUCUGUUUGGAACAAUUCCUGUGAUCCUGGGCGUCUCCUGCCUGCUGCUUUUGAUGCUGUGUGGAUUCUUUGGUUAUCAGUACUUUCAAAGUGUUCAGCAAUCAGAGAGCAAGUUGAAGAACCUUAACCAAUGGAUUGAGUCUUUCCAAAAUGAAGAGGAAAAAUUCCUUCAGAUUCAAGAAUCUCUUGACCAAAAUAAAGAAAUCCUAGAAUGGCUCCAAAACCAGAAUGAAUAUCUCACUAAAGCCUUACAGGAACUGAAUACGAAACCAGGAGACAGAUGUGGACUUCCUCCGAGUCCCUGGGUGCAGUACCGAGACCACUGCUACCAUGAAACCGAGGAAAUGGUUUCUUGGUUAGAGUGUUCUAAUAUUUGUGCCUCGUUGAACGCUACAUUUUUAAAUACAGAAAGGAGUAGAUUGAUGAAUAUUUUGAAGUUACUUGCGGGAGAUCACACUUGGCUUGGUCUGUCUUACAAGGAGGAGGACAAUCAGUGGAAGUGGGAAGAUGGCUCCCUCCCUUCUCCUGGCCUGAGCCUACCAAAGCCAGGUGUGGCUUUCUGGGGGAAAUGCGCUUACGCAAAUACGCACAGUGUUGGGACUGACGACUGCGGCACGUCCUCUUCCUGCCUGUGUGAGAAGCCUGUCUGUGCUGAAAACUCAGACAAAGAAGGUUAAAGGAGAAGUGAUGAGGUUCGCACGUCUCAGUAACAUUCCAGAUUCAAGAUCUGCCUGCCUUUAUUCUGCUGUCACUUCAUAUUAUUCAUAACUGCUUUUUAGGGGCAGAAACUGGUAAAUGACUUCAUGAUGGAAGAAGGAGGGUCUGGAAUUCUAGGUGAAAUAUCAGAGUAGCAGGGAAAACUUAGAAGCUCAGAAACUUGUUUGAUUUUGUGAGAAUUAUA